CAUUAUAAUUUAUUUCUAAGUUAGAUGUAGACGUAAUUUAUUACAUUAAAUUAUUUUUUAUUAUUUUAUUUAAUAAUUUAUUUAUUUAAAUAAAUUCUAGUUAGAAUGCGCGAAAUAGUUCACGUACAAGUAGGAAGGUGUGGAAAUCAGAUUGGAGCAAAGUUCUGGGAAGUAAUAUCAGACGAGCAUGGUAUUGACCCCAAUGGAUGUUACCACGGCGACUCCGACCUUCAGUUGGAGCGCAUUAACGUGUACUACAACGAAGGUUCUUGCGCAAAGUACGUCCCACGGGCUAUACUAGUCGACCUCGAACCAGGGACCAUGGACUCCAUCCGUGGCGGGAUGUUUGGAGCACUCUUUCGACCUGACAACAUCGUUUACGGCUUAACCGGUGCAGGCAAUAACUGGGCUAAAGGGUAUUACACAGAAGGCGCAGAUUUACUUGAAUCAGUACUAGACGUUAUCAGGAAAGAAGCUGAAGGUUGUGACUGCUUGCAAGGGUUUCAGCUCGUGCACUCGAUUGGCGGAGGAACUGGUUCGGGAAUGGGGUCAUUACUUUUAGCUAACCUAACCGAAGAAUAUCCUGAUAGAAUCACCGUUACUUAUUCCAUCAUGCCUAGUCCAAAAGUAUCUGAUACUGUGGUGGAACCUUAUAAUUCAACACUCUCUAUCAACCAACUUAUAGAGAACUCAACGCAGUCGUAUUGCAUUGAUAAUGAGGCGCUGUAUGAUAUCUGCUUUAGGACACUAAAACUGAUGACACCGACGUAUGGAGAUCUAAACCAUCUGGUCUCAGCGACUAUGUCAGGCGUGACGACGUGUUUGAGGUUUCCGGGGCAGUUGAAUGCAGAUCUUCGCAAGCUCGCGGUGAAUAUGGUACCGUUUCCGCGACUGCAUUUCUUCAUGCCUGGCUUUGCGCCCUUAACAUCAAGAGGAAGUCAACAAUACCGCGCCCUGACUGUACCCGAGUUGACAUUACAAAUGUUUGAUGCAAAGAAUAUGAUGGCAGCGUGUGACCCUCGCCACGGACGCUACCUGACCGUUGCAGCCGUCUUUCGCGGCCGCAUGUCCAUGAAGGAGGUGGACGAGCAGAUGCUCAACAUUCAGAAAAAGAAUAAAGACUUCUUUGUUGAAUGGAUACCUAAUAAUGUCAAGACAGCAGUGUGCGACAUUCCGCCACGAGGAUUGAAGAUAUCAUCCACAUUCAUCGGUAAUACUACAGCAAUUCAAGAGGUGUUUAAACGCAUUGCUGAGCAAUUCGCAGCAAUGUUUAGGAGAAAGGCGUUUCUUCAUUGGUACACUGGGGAGGGAAUGGAUGAGACAGAUUUCACUGACGCUGAUAAUAAUGUCAGUGAUCUGAUAUCGGAGUACCAACAGUACCAGGAUGCGACCAUAGAUGACCAGGAAUUUGAUGAAGAGGAAGGCGACGAACACAAUGAUGAGAGUGAUGAAUAAGUUAAUAAAUUGUUUUUAAUAAUUUAAA